AUGAGUGAUCUCAAUAGUAGCAAUAACAAUAAUGAAAAUCAACCUGCUACUAUUCUAUUCCCAGAGGUACUCCCGUUAAUGCUCGCCCAGAUCCGCUCCCAACUUAUCUCUUUCAGUUUAACCUGGCGUCAUCUAAAUACAAUCGAGUCAAUAGAGUUUGAUAUAAUCAAAAAAAUCGAAGCAUUUACACAAUUCAAGUAUCGUUCAUUGGAUUGGAUUCUCAGAAAUAUUUCGAUACCUAUCGAUAAGUUGGUACUCUAUCUUCAGCAAAUGAUAAAAAGAUUACCUUAUUGUUUUGAAUUACAUGACCUUUUGAAUGAAUACAUCGAUUCGAAAAAAUAG